AUGAGACUGCUGGCUCUGCUGCUGAUCAUCGGAGCUGCUGCGGCAGUUCCCCGUGAAGAUGGCAGGAUCAUUGGUGGGCAGGAGUGUGAGCCUCACUCUCGGCCAUUCAUGGCCUCCCUCAACUAUGGUUACCACUUCUGUGGUGGCGUGCUCAUCAACCAGCAGUGGGUGCUCUCCGUUGCUCACUGUUGUCCCUAUGCCAUGCAGAUCAUGCUGGGAGAACAUGAUGUGCGAGUGUUUGAGGGUACAGAGCAGCUCAUGAAGACCGAAAACAUCAUUUGGCACCCGAGUUAUGACUACCAGACUCUGGAUUUUGACAUCAUGUUGAUCAAACUCUUCCACCCAGUGGAGGUGACCGCAGCAGUUGCACCCAUCCCAUUGCCCACAGGGUGCCCGAUGGGGGGGCUCCCCUGCUCUGUGUCUGGCUGGGGCAACACUGCCAUCAAUGGCGAGGUGAACCUGCCCACCCGUCUGCAGUGUCUGGAUGUGCCCAUCGUGGAUGACCAGGACUGUGUGAAGGCCUAUCCUGACAUGAUCUCUCCCAGGAUGUUGUGUGCCGGAUACAUGAAUGGAGGCAGAGAUGUAUGCAAUGGGGACUCCGGCAGCCCUUUGGUGUGUGAGGGAGAGCUCCACGGCCUGGUGUCAUGGGGUCAGGGAUGUGCCCUGCCUAACUACCCCGGAGUCUACGUCAAAGUGUGUCAGUUCAUGUCCUGGAUUCAAACCACCCUGGAUGCCAACCCCUGAAGAAAUGACCCAUUUUCACUUUAAUUUCCUUUACUUUUUCCACUG